AUGCAAGAGGCAAUCGUUUUGUAUUUGUGCAUACCUUUGAGUACUAUUUCCGGGAGUGCGCAACGGCGAAUAUAUGGCGGGCGAGACGCGGUGCCGGGGGAAUUCCCCUAUGUAACUGUUUGGGGCAGCUUUGAUAGAGAAUGGAAUUUUGAACUGACGUGCAGUUCUAGCGCCGUGUCACCCACCUGGAUCUUGACGGCCGCCCACUGUAUGAUUCCUAAACCUGAGAAGAAGGGUAUCGUCGCGUAUGGAGAUAUUAUACCGGGACAAAAAUUUAACUUUUCAAGGGUUCUAAAGAUGUUUCCGCACCCGGGCUACAAAGGUGGCAACACGCUUAACGAAUGUUACGAUAUUGGCCUGUUGAGGACAAGGAAAAUCAUAAUACCGCAAUAUGGUUUGCUAAGUGCAGUGGAUCACACGACGAUCAUGGGACACGAAGUGAUCGUAGCUGGGUUCGGGUUCACCAACGGAACGGAAGGGUUCACUGAUGCCAUCUCCGCGAACAAGACUCUGCAAGUUUUCAAAGGGAUGAUAAGCAGUUGUCUAGAGGUGGAUUACCGUUUGUGUUCCCGAUUGUGUGUGUCAUCGACGUGUGGCCACGUGUCCUUGAUUUGUGGGGGUGAUUCGGGAGGACCUGUGAUUCACGCGUCCGGGAUAGUGGGUGUAAAUGGUUAUCACAACAUCGAUUAUGACGAUAAAAUACACAAGCAUUCGUUGGCGGAGGGCUCCACUGUGCUUCAAGCAGUCAGUCCAGUGAUCGACUGGUUGUCCACCACUAUAAACGGCAAAUCCUAA